AUAUUGCCUUGUAAAUUUCAAUGAUGGCUUUUAUUGUGUUAAAGAAAAUCUGGGUGCUGCCAGCAUAAUAUCCUGCUGCUACAAUAACGCUAAUGAACCCUCAGUUGGCCAUCACUUCGUUGAAAAAUCACGGAAAGUUUAACGAAGUGGAGAUAGGUGGCCUGUAAUAACAAAGGGACAUUUUAUAUUUUAGCCGUAGAUGCGGUUAGCCUAAUAUAAGUUUAGACUUAAUGUGAGUGUGUUUGUUAAAAUAAAUGAAAAUAUGUGUCGGUGAGUGUGUGCUUGAAGGUUUUAUCCUUCCACUAUUUGCUGUCGAUCAGCCGCCAGUAUCGCGUGUCCAGUAAACACAGUGCGUCCUUGGAGACUGGUAACAUGGCAACGAAGUGCAAAAACAGACUGGAGCUUCACGUCCACGCCGGUUUUGUGAACAAGCGAGCCACUUCAAUAUUGAGGCGAAGUGUUUUUAAAACCGACUUUGUCACAAAAUGUCUUCCGGAGUUUUAGUUUCUAGACCCCAUUUUGACAGCAGGGCUGUUGUCCAAGCGGCCGGACCGACCAAGCACACAGACGCAGACGCCGCAGUCACAGAUGGUUUGUAUCCCUCCUCCGGCUUGGCUACAGCGGGAUACCGUUCGGCCAAAUACACCACUGAGGAUUGGUACGGAAAUAAUUUAUCCACCCUUAACCAGGCGGUCGCAGAUCGUAGCAACGCGGAGAGAAUUCGCAUUGAGUCCAAAACAUUGUGCACUGAGACCGAAGCCGGAACUUUGCGCAGCCAAGCCGAAGGAACACGGCGCCUGGGCGAGAGGCUGCAGGACAUGCACUUAUGGAAGUCAGAGCUGCAGCGUCACAUCGAACGGCUGAUCGCCGAGACGGACCUCCUCCUGGGACAGAAGAGGAGGCUGGAGAAGGCGCUGGACGCAACUGAGAUCCCGUUCGCCAUCGCUACGGAUAACCUGACGUGUAGGGAGCGGCGGCCGGGGCCCGACCUGGUCAAAGACCUCGUAGAGGAGGAACUGCUCAAGGAGGUGGAGUUGAUCAGGAGUGUUCAGGCUCUGUUGAAGAGAACGCUGUCUCAGGCUGUCAACCAAAUAAAGUGUAACAGGGAGGCCAAGCAGACACUGGAGCUGGACUGGUCUGACAAGUACCAGGCCUACAGCCUGGAUGACCAGUGUGGACGCUACGGCAACACGAGCACGGACACACAGCUUCACCCAACCUCAGCCAAUGUACAGGACCACGUGUGUAACCGUGACGUCUGGGUGCGUGUCACCCAGGACAACCUGUCUGUGGCUCAGCGGGAGGAGCGGGCCAGCGCGGAGCUCCGGCUCCUGAUGGACAGGGUCCUCCAGGAGACAGCGGAGGACCUGAGGGCGCAGUGCUCCCACGUGGACCGUGCCUUCAGCCAGCGCUGUGUGCAGCUCACUGAGGCCAAGACACAGCUGGAACUGCACCUGGCCCAGAUCCUGGAGCAGAUUGGGGCCCAGGAGCGUAACGUGGUGUCUCUGAGGCAGGCGCUGCACGACAAGGAGGCCCCUCUGAGAGUGGCCCAGUCCAGGCUGCGUCAGCGCUCUCAGAGACCCCACAUGGAGCUCUGCAGGGACGACCCCCAGCUCAGUCUGGUGGAUGAAGUGGACCAGAUCUCCCGGAGCAUUUCAUCACUGCAGCGCCAGCUGUCUGCAGCGCGGAGCUCCCUGGCCGACCUGGAGAGGUCCCGCCUGGUCCUGGAGAAGGGCGUCGGCUCCAAGACCCACAGCCUGCUCAUCGACAGGGAGAAGUGCAUGGCCCAACGCACACGCUACCCCACUGUCAUAGCCCUGUCGGGGUACUGAGAGGGGCCGUGCUGAUGCUUGGGUGACGGUCUGUGUGUUGUGUCGUGUGGGUUGUUUAAUUGUGUGGUUUAUUCUACGCCGUCGGCCCGGUGUUACCAGUUGUAUUGUGGCAACCAAUAACUGCGUGUCUGUCUCUGCCGAAACUAGAGCAGGACCAAGUUUUAUUCCCUCACACGCCCCCUUUCUCUCUGUCCUUGUUCAGUAGCCAUCAGGCAUCUGAGACGGCCUGUUCCUGAAGACGUACUGUCCUGUAGCUUUUCACCCGUUCACGUUUGUCAGAUCUGUGGAGGAGGGUGAAUGAGGAGGUAACAAAGAGGAGGUGGAAUAAGGACAGGGGAGAGGGAACGAGGACAGGUGAGAGGGAACCCUAUCCUGGGAUGUGUUCAAUAUAACCUCCGUUCUCAAAGAGCUCUGGUCUAAAAUAGUAUGCUAUACAAAGACCGUUUAGAACAUUUUUGUUUCAAUUGUUUGAAAGUAGAAAUAGUUUAGUGUGAGUGCUGGAGAAACCAGUUGUUCUGGAUGGUGGGUCUGGAAUAGAGGUUACACUGGUUGAGCUGUCCGGGCAUGGUAAACCAGCCAUACCAGUGGAAUCCAACGCCCUCUCCCUGGUGGAGCAGCAACAUCUGUUUGUUGUUCUUGUCCUCACCUGUAAUCCUGGUCACUGACCCUUGUUAAGUUCUUCCUUUCCUGGUGUAUCUUGUCGGUCUUUGUUUGUUUGUGUCCAUAUGUAAUGUUGUUUGGUUUUUGUUUGUGUCCAUAUGUAAUGUUGUUUGGUUUUUGUUUGUGUCCAUAUGUAAUGUUGUUUGGUGUUUGUUUGCACUUAUUCUUUUACUUUCUAGUAGUUUUUAUUAAAAGUCCCCCGUUCUCCCUGCACCUAUGUCCUGCCUCCUAACCCCACUGAUUGAAUGCUACAUGGGAGCAGCCAGGUUCUCAUUAUUUAGCCGAGUGCUUUGCUUGUCGCUGUGCUUGUGUCCAUUCAUCCUCUGUCUGACCUACUGGUUUUAAUACACAGAUAUGUUCUCGGUUAUAUUUACUUUAUAACCCUAAAUAUUGAACUACUUCUGAGUCUAUAGUGAACUAGUCCUGACCAGAGUCUGUAGUGGGAUCUAUAGACUAUUACUAUAAAGGGAUCUUCUGCUGGACCAAAGAUGGCUGAUAUUACAGUGACUCAUGGACAUCAUGGGAUGGUCUGAUUGCUGCCUGAGUCCUGCAGAAGGGGCACCCCAGAGAGAGAGAGAGAGACGUCCAGAAUGAUUACGGAGGCAUUCCAUCUCAUUUAUUUUCUGUCUCAUGUCUGGACUAACCAUUUGGCCUGAGACAGCCAGUGCCCAACUCUCACCACGUGGUGGCAGUAGAGAGCCAAGAGGCAAACGUUUAGUCAGAAGCAACUGGUGUUUGAAGGUUGAAGAUUAAAUGUGCAUGUUACAUGAUCACCCCAAAGAAAAUACCAAGCUCCUUUGAAAAUGGUUCUAAAAAGCUGAUCUCAUCUUGUCCAAAAGUGACCUUGCCUUGUCUCAGACAGAUCACCACCAGUCAUAAUCUCAAUCUGUCCUCUAUAUUUUAAUUGGCCAGAAGCAGUUGUCACUGAUUUUGUCUUCUAAACUAAUGAUUGGUUUUGCAAGGUGGUACUUUUUCGCUGAAUAGAGAUGAGUGCACCUUUUAAAAAUACCAAUAACAUUCACUUAGUCUUUAAUUGAACAAAUUAGGCCAAACUCAAAUGGCGUGUUGGUAUGCGUUUCAAUGCUAAGCGCAAGCUUCCCAACAUAUCCGUUGUAAAGGACCAGUAUGGAGGACAGUGAAUCCUUGACGCUUUUGCAAGGACAUACAAGCUUUAAUCUGAGUGGUAUAGGCUUAGCUGUCGGCAUCCGUUUGUCUCAAUAUGCUGAAGGUCAAAACAUAUUUUCGUUGACUUGAACCAACAAGUAUUCAGCCGUCCCUUUUUAGGUCAGCGAAUCGCCGGUUGUGCGAUAGCCAUCCUGACUUCCUCUGACGAUGCAGAGAGCAGUUCCUCACGGGCAGCAGACAGAUAUGACAUUGUUGCAGGUUUUGCAUGUUCCUCAUUCCUCAUGGGGAAGGGGCGUGGCUUAUUGCCCUGAGUUUGCUCGUCACCUGACAUCUUCACACCAGAAGACACAUCAUGAAUUCAAAAUAAAUAUUUUGUAUACUGAGGGGAAAAAAGGGUAGAUUUAGGCAGUUUGGUGACAAAUAUGGCAGGUACACUAGUCAAGUCAUGUCAAAUGUAUUUAUAAAGCACAUUUAAAAGAAAGAAAGAAAUAUACAGAGAAGGACACAGGGUGAUUGAGUUUUUCCUACUUCUUUUUUUGCAAAUGAAAUGAAGACAAGACAGACACAGGACAAGGGAAUCAUAACAGUACAGCCAACACCAAACUAUAAAAAAGCUAAUAUGUAUUGAACGUGGAAUGUCUCUGAUACCACCAAACGGUAGUGACCCUCGCACAGCGAAAAGGUUUUGUGUUGGAACGGAAUACGCUCUUUUUAUUAGGAUUGCCUCUUGUCGUGGGGAAGGUUAAGUAAUACACUAUAUCACACCAAUUCAUCUACACCUAAAUCCAGAUCGAAAAUUACACCUUAGGCGAUUUUCAAGUAACAAUGUAAUAUCUGUGGAAAAUGUUUCCGAUGGGUUAUAAUCUUUUCUCUCUUCAUUUACCAAUUAAAACCUUUGAUGUUCCAGGAGGUGAAUGCAAACUCAUAUUGUUUACACAUUUUAUGGUAUCUUACAUUACAAAUGGCUGAGUAAGAAGAUAGUUACUGGCUUCAGAAUGUCAAAGGUCACACAUAUUGCCUCAACAUCUGAGUAGCUUCCCAAGAAACACCUCCCCAAAACCAUCUCCCUCUCCUUACAUUUUAAAGGCUGGUUCAGCUUAUAAAGACAUUAUAAAUGUUGGUUAAAGGUAAGUGAUUCGGCAUGCUCUGGCCUUUAAGUUUGUGACGAGUUUAAGAUUGUGGAUGCUUUGGCCUGGUGGUCAAUGAUAGGUAGGCCUGUCUCUAUCCUAGGCUGUCAAUUCUGUUUCUUCAGCUCAGCUGCUUUCUCCUUUAGUUUAUGAAAGUCAAUUUCAAAGUUGUCUCCAUUGGUCUUGAUGGCUUGCACCAGAACAUUACCUGUGUUGUAGAGAUUAAUUGUAAUGACUCCCUUCAAAUUGGAAUUAAAAACUUUACUCAAAUGCUUUAGUGACAUAUUGCCUUCAGGUGUAGCAGAAAUGCAGUCAAGGGCACUAUGGUAAAAGUCAUGUAAGAAAGCUUGUUCACUAAAGUUUGUGUAAUUUAUUUUAGUGAUAAUGUGAGGUUUGGCCCUCUGGAUGCUAACAUAUCUGAUACAUGCAAUGGGGCAAUGGUCACUCACAUCUGGUGGAAAAACAUCACUAGCAACAUAUUUAUCGGGUGCAUUUGUUAAAAUAUAAUCAAUCAAUGUAGACUUUGUAGGCAUCUUAUGAUUAGGCCUCGUUGGCUUAGUGAUUAACUGUGUGAGAUUUUGCUCAGCGCAGAACUCCUUAAUACCACCAGAGUCCUGUGUUUCCCAAUCCAAGUUAAAAUCUCCAAGAAUAAUCACUUCAGAUGACGUCAAAGUGGCUAAGACGUCAGUUAACUGGUUAAGAUUACUUCUUUUUGCAGAGGGUGGACGAUAUACACCUACAAUUGUUAUAUCGCAGUUGUUUCCUAAUUUAAGACUUAAGGCUAGCAAUUCAAAUUGUUUCGGAACGGAGACAGACUUUAACAGCGAUACUGAGAGAUUGUUCUUUGUAAAAAUGGCAAUGCCACCACCUUUCCCCCUCCUGUCUGCCCUGAAUACACUGUAUCCCCCCAACUCAAUAUCUGCAUUGUUUAUCUUUUUUGUUAACCAGGUUUCAGAUACCAUGAAGAUGUCUGGAUUUGACUGAGAUACCAAGUUCCUAAUUUUAUCCAACUUAGACAACAGACUACGUACAUUUAGGUGCAAAAAAACAAGCCCCGGACGAUUUUUGAAAACGCAAGUAUCGUCAGUAUACCAAAGAUUACUACGAACAGAUUUACUAUCCAAGUUUCGUUUCCAGAAGUCCAAUUUAAAGUCAUCUAGAUGGGUUUUGGAGGUGGGCACUGGAACAGUCCCUGUGUGGUAGAGAUUCUCACUGACAACUCCCUUUAUAUUAUUAUCUUGCCCACAGACUUUGAUCUGAAUUCCGUCCUGGAUGUGUCUCUCUUUAGCGCGGCGGUUGGUGUGAGCCGGGGCACCACGCCGAGCUGCCAGGUUUGCUGUGUAGAAAACCAAGUUGGUGGCAUUGUUGUUAGCCAGAGCUCGGUCCACCAACAGAGUCUCUGGAUUUUCCCUUAAGUAGUUCCGUUUGGAAUGUUUCCUGGCAGCCUUCGAGAUCAUACCUUCAGGAUACGGGAUCUCCAUGGCGUUGACCCCGCUUGUACUGGUCACACCUGUUGUUGGUGGAGACAAGAAGGUCUCUGCAAAUAUAUUAAUCGUCCAUAAUAUUGUUCCAGUGCUCUCAUUAGGUUUUACAUAGUGUUUCCUUUUAAUUGUUUUAGUCUGUCCAGUUAGGCACAUCAAGCAUCCGUUCCCUUUCCGAAUUUGGCUUUGGACAAACUUUCCUGACACCCGGAAUAUUUUAAACAGUCCUCGGACCAUCCUCACAUUCAAACAUAUAUACUUAUCUUCUCCGUGUGUUUUCGUGAGCUGCUGAAUAACCAAAUCUUAGGACUCGCUCUCACACGGACGGACGGACGUACAGGCGCAGAUGCAAUCUGUCAAUCUCCAAAUAGCCAAACGUUGUUUACUCUACUACUCUGAAGAGGAAUGUCUCUGCGAAUGUCUCUUCUCUCUUUUGUUUAAGUGUAACCUGGAUGUGGACCUGAGGGCCCAGUGCUCCGAUGUGGACUGUGCCUUCAGCCAGCGAUGUGUACAGCUCACUGAGGCCAAGACACGGCUGAAACUGCACCUGGCCCAGGUGUGUGGAGGGGAGAUGGAGAAUGGUGUGUGUGGGAGAAUGGCAUCGGUGUGUGUCAGAAGCAUUGAAAAGAAUGCCUACCAUGUUAUGGCAUGUGUCAUUUUAGGAAGACAAUGUCACAGGUUUUUCAAGUUCUUAUCUACUGGAUCUUACAUUUUUGUCUGUGUGUUCAUCUUUCACUUGAAAAGUGAAAAAUGCAUGAAGUGAAACGAAAACGAAAGGGGAGAGCACUUCCUGCUUUCAGGCCUGUCAGUCACAUAAAAAUUAUAGAGUAAUUGGUGAACAAGGAACUACAAUACUUUUUAACAAUUAACAAUACUCUUUCCUGCAUUCAAACUGGUUUCCGACCAAAUCACAAUAUCAUUACUGUCACAGUACUUGUUGUAAAUGAUAUUGCUAAUGCACUGGAGACAAUAGAAAGUGCUGUGCCGCCAUGUUUGUAGAUUUGUCUAAAGCCUUUGACACUGUAGACCAUGCGGUACUUUUGAGUAAGCUGUCAGCAAUAGAACUGGGAUCGGAUGCCUGUCGUCUGUACAUAUAAAUACUUAUGGAUCUGGCUGGAUGAUAAAUUGUCUUUUAAAAUACAUGUUGGUGAACUCAGUAAAAGGCUAAAAAUCAAGCUAGGCUUCCUCUAUAGAAACAGAUCAUGUUUUACCUCUGCAUUUAGCAAAUAAAUUGUGCAAGCUACUUUUAUGUCAGUUGUUGAUUAUGGGGAUAUUAUCUACAUGCUGCAGCGCCCUUCUAUUACAUUUUUUUUUUUACUUCUUACUGAUGCGUAUCAAUGUAGUACAGUGCAUAUAUGCAAUAUACAUUAUUUUUGUAGUAGACAAAGCAUGCAAAAAAGUAGCCAAUCAAAUUUGAAUAAUAAAUAAAGCCAAUCACGUGUAAAUAAUUACAAACGCGUCAUUUUAAAUAUGACCAAUACAGAAAUCAUGUGCACGAGACCGACGUAUGAAAUCGCUCUGCAACUGAGACGACGAAGUAAAUGUCAUCCAAGAUUUUGAAAGCCAUCAGAUCCGCCGUGGUAAGGACUUGUACGGUACACAGUCGAUCAGUGAUGUAUUUUUGCUUUAGGUCAAUGUGUCGGUGGUGCGGUUUGGCGGAACUCCCUCGUUAACUGGUUUAGUUAGCUAGCUAACCUUUAUCUAGCUAACUUUAGUGUUCAUGAUUUUUGAGUUUCGGAAAUGGUAGCUAGUUCAAUUGUAAAAUGCGGGUGGGGAAGCUGACAUCAAGAAUGGUAGCUAAGUUUUUAUUUUUGUCUGGCCAGAC